GCGGAGGGGCCCCGCAUGAGCCUGUCUUACACUCUGCAGAGUGUGGAGAGGCCGAGCCAGACACCGCUCCAAAGAGUGCAAGGCUCCGAGGACCCAGACCCAGCGACCCUCCAAUACUCUCCUCAGUGCUUAACCAAGAGUCGCCCCUCGUCCCGCCGCCGCCACAGCCGCAUUUCCUCUGCCAAGGGCACAGACUCCAAGAGCCAGGGCCCCCAGUCCCCUGGGGAGAGUGAGCCCCGAGGGGAGGAGGCGGACCCCCGAGCCAUGGAGAGACAGCCCCCCAGGAGGGAGACCCCCGCCAGAGCGGACCCCUGCGGCGGGGAGCAGGACCCCCACAGCAGGGGGCCCGAGGUCUACGCAGAGAGCAGCGUCACGGAGCCCCUCCCCAGUGCCACGGGACACAGGCCCAGGGAGAAGAGGCGGCGGCCAGGGCUGCCGCAGGUGGAAGGGGUCCCCAAAAAGAGAGUGCGGUGGGCCACGGAGCUGGAAGCUGUCGUGUACCCACCUGCCUCCCUCAGCCCCCCGGCCUCCCCGUGCCCAUCUGUCCUGCGGCGCCCGGCUGUGUCCCUGCGCCCAGCAUCCUUGCUGCGCCCAGCUGGGUCCUGGCUCCCGCCACUGAGAAUGGCACCUGUCCUGUCCCAGCCAGGCCCCUCCCAGGAGACCCGGCGCCCACCUUUCCUCAACCCCGCGCCCGCGUUCCCACACACACCUGUCUUCCAGCGCCCCCCUGACCUCCAGUACCCACCUGGCCCCCUGUGUCCACCGGACCCCCAGUGUCCACCUGUGUUCCGGCACACCCCUUCGUCCCAGCAGCCUCCCCCGUUCCAGCGGAUAUCCGUGAUCCAGCGGACACCCGCGUCCCAACCAGCACCCGCACCUGAGCCAACACCCGUGUCCCAGCCGACACCUGCGUCCCAGCAGCCUCCUGUCACCCAACAGCCCACUGCUCUGUUCCAGCUGCACUCGGUGGUCAAGAAGGCACCUGUGUCCCAGCGUGAGCCUGCGGCCCGGCAGGUAUCUGUGAUCCGGCAGACGCCUGUGACCCAGCUGCCCCCUGGGCCGCAGCACACACCUGGGCCCCCGCGUGUACCCAGGCCCCAGCAGCCUCCCGUGAGCCAGCUGCCCGCUGCGCCCCGGCAGGUACCCGAGUCCCAGCCCUGUGUCCCCGCGGACCCCCGGGUCCCCGCAGACCCCGGGCGGACCCCAGCAGCUUCCUGUGCUCCAGCAGGUGCCCGGGCCCCAGCAGCCUCCCGUGAUGCUCCCGCAGACACCUGCGCCCCAGCAGGUACCUGAGUCCCCGCACACACCCGUGUCUCCGCACACAUCCAUGUCCCGGCACACACCCAUGUCCCCAUACACAUCCAUGCCCCAGCU